UGGUUUUUUUGCGCUGAGAGAGAGAGAGAGAGAGAGAGAGAGACUGCAGCAUGCUGCAUUGCAAUCACACUUGAGCACAUGAGAAUCUGCCCACAAAAGCACACGUGUGCAUUCAUUCAGCCGCCGGAUCCUCUGCAGCAGUGCGAUGCUAGCCGAGUGCGUGAUCUCAUUCAAAGCGGGUAACUUGUGUCUUUAGGUGUCUAAAUCUGCUGUCCCCCCCCACACAUACACGCAAAUCAGCGACUCCUCCCACUCCUCCUCCGAACCCCCAUCCACCCAGGUCGACAGCAGGACGGCGUAGAGAUUCUGGACACAGCUCUGAAACCGGACACGGACGUACGCAGGCAAAGACUCAGCUUUUGAUUCUUGUUCCAGCCCAGGGAUUAUAAUGCAGUGUUUGUUUGCUGGAAGAUUUCUCUAAGAGACUGAGAGCUUUUGGUGGGUGACUGUCUUGCGUGUGCGUGCGUACCGGUUGUUUUUUCUGAGCUGUUGGACUGACGCACGGAUACUGCAGCAGAACUGCAGGGGCCUGGACACUAACCUGGAGGACAUGAGGACCCAGCGGAUCCCCCGCCCCUGAGCUCCAGACCCCACUGCUGCUGCACAUUCUGCUGAGCUGAGCAGAGCUCCCAGAGGCCGACAGGAUGCUGACAGCUCGCGAUGGAGCUAGAGAUGAAGCUCAGAAGCUGCACAGGAAAUGGAUGAAGCACCAGGCCUUCAUGGCCGAACUGGCCCGCAACAAAGAAUGGCUCGCCAAGAUUGAACAGGAGGGCGAAGAGCUGAUCCAGGAGCAGCCCGAGUUGCGAUCGGUGGUGGAAAUGAAGUUGAAGGAGAUCAGAGAGUGCUGGUCUCACCUGGAGAACACCACUAAAGUCAAGGCCCGGCAGCUCUUUGAAACCCAGAACCACCGGACUACUGACCUGCCCACUAACAACCUCAGCGACCUGGACCAGCAUUUGAACAUCAUACAGGAGCAGCCGCCCACACUGGGCUCCACCCACACCACACAACCCACCCUUCUCCAGCCCCGUCCCACUUUUAGCCAGCAGCUCCAGAGGAUACAAUCAUGGGAAGACCAAAUGCAGCUUUUUCAUGGCGUUAGUGAAGUCAUGGCUGGUGCUGAACACAGGAGACCUGAAGGAGAAGAGCAAGGAGGCGUGCCAGAAACCCGGAUUGUGCGUCUGAUUGAGCCUCUGAAGGAAAGGAGGCGGAUUCUUCUUGCCUCAAAAGAAUUGCAUCAAGUCACACAGGACCUGGAGGAUGAGAUUAUAUGGAUUCAGGAGCGGUUGCAUUUGGCCUCAUCUAUAGAAUAUGGGACCAAUUUGCAGAGUGUCCAAAAUUUAAUGAAAAACCAUGAGGCACUGCAGAUGGAGAUGCAGGUUCGGAAGGGGAGACUCGAGGAGGUUCUGGAAAGGGCAGAGGCUGUUGCUGCCUUGCGGACCCCAGAGGUGGAGCUUGUGCGCGAGGGGGCGGGGCAUGUGAGACAGCUGUGGGAGGUGCUUCAGGUGGAGAUGGAACGCCGCACAGUGAUGCUGGAUGCUGUGAACCAAGCCCAGCAGUACUACAGCCAGGCAGCGAAGACAGAGUCCUGGCUCAGUGGACAGAAACUUCAGGUCCUCAAUGAGGAGAAAGGAAACGACGAGGCCAGCACUCUUAGGUUACUGAAGGAGCAGUUGGCUUUAGAGCAAACAGUGGAGAAUUAUGCAGAGACAGUGGGCUCACUGUCCCAGCAGUGCCGUCGCAUGCUUGAGUUGGGACAUCCAGACAGUGAGCAAAUCACCAAGCAGCAGGCUCAUAUAGACCGGCUAUACGUAUCUCUGAAAGACCUGGUAGAGCAGAGGAAAACAAAACUGGAGCAGCAGUACUGGUUAUAUCAGCUGAAGCGAGAGGUGGAGGCACUGGAGAAAUGGAUCUCUGAGAGGGAAGCUGUUGCCAGCUCCACUGAGCUCGGCCAGGACCUGGAGCAUGUCACGGUUCUUCAGAGCAGCUUCACGCAGUUUUCCUCUGAGACACGUGCAGUGGGCCAGAAACAGAUGGAUUCAGUCAAUAAGAUGGUGAAUGAGAUGAUCGACUGCAGUCACUCUGAUGCUGCCACCAUUGCAGAGUGGAAAGACGGACUGAACGAGUCCUGGGCGGAUCUACUGGAGCUCAUGGAGACCAGAGCGCAGAUGUUGGCAGCAUCCUACCAGCUGCACAAGUUCUUCACUGACUGUCAGGAGGUAUUGGUACAGAUAGAAGGAAAGAUGAGACAGCUGCCAGAGGUGAGGUCCUGCCAGGUGAGCUCGGCCAACCCUGGCACACUACAGAGACUCCUGCACUCUUUCGAACACUCUCUGCAGCUGCUGGUCUCGCAGGUACGCCAACUGCAAGAAAAUGCAGUUCAGCUACGUGCAAUCUAUGCUGGGGAGAAGGCAGAUGCCAUUUUGAGCCGUGAGCAGGAAGUGAUGCAGGCCUGGAAAGAGCUCCUCGUUGCAUGUGAGGGCAGCCGUGUGCAGGUCACCACUGUAACCGAUAAGAUCCAGUUCUUUGCGGUGGUGCGGGAAUUGAGCAUGUGGAUGGAUGGAAUCAUGGGGCAGAUUGGCCCAAAUGACGAUGCAAGGGACCUCUCAGUGCUAGAGGGCAUGAUGUCCCAACAUCAGAAUCUGAAGAGUAAGAUGGAAAACAAGAGCAAGAACUUUGUGCACUGCGUGGAGAUGGGAAAAAUGCUGCUCGCUGCGCGCAACCCUGCAGCUGAAGAGGUGAAGGAAAAGCUGGAGUAUGUCAUGGCAAAGCAGAAAGAGAUGAAUGAGCGAUGGGACCUGCACUGGGAGAAGCUUCAGCAAGCCAAGCAGAGGCUGCAGUCCACUCAGACGGGAUUGACGGAGCAGCCCUGGCUCACAAUCAAGGAACCAAUUACUCCAAUCACCCGUGAGGCAGGGGGCGGGACAGACGAGGUGGAGGAGCUGAUUCGCCGGCAUGAAGCAUUCCGGAAAGCUGCGUCCACUUGGAAAGACCAUUUCAGCUCUUUACGACAGGCAGAAAAGAUGAAGGAGGAACUGAACAAACCACCUUCUACCUCCUCUCUUCUCAGCAGGCAGAUGUUCCCUCUCUCCUGUCUUGUGCCCAGCUCUUCUUCCUCCUCUUCAUCAUCAUCUCUUUUCCGUAACCCCCUUCAGGACUCACUCCUCGAGUCUAAGCCUGGACCAGACCACAUGCACUCCAUAGAACACACAGUGACUCACACUCUCCCUCAGCGGCUUGGGUCCAGCCUGAACCCCUACACACCUGUUAUGAAUGGCUCCUCCUACCAUGGGCUACAGCAGCCAUCGGGGGUCGUCAAUGAAAGUCCUUUAUAUCAAUCGAUAAAACAACAGGGUGUUUCAAGUUUGGAUAAUUCCAGCUAUCAGGGGCUUAACCAACAAGUUGGUGUCUUUGGGGGGAACAGCUCCAGCUAUACUGGACUAAAUCAACAGGGUGCUUUAGCAGAGGACGGCUCCAGUUACCAUAGCCUGAACCAUUUAGGUGCCGUAGGGGUUGUGGAACCCAAAAUUGGAUAUGCUUGGCAGCAUCUGAAAGCUGACUGCUUUCAGCCCAAAAUCAACCACAUUCACAAAGCGGUUUCACCUUUACUGGAGGCCCACCGAGCUCAGCUUGCUAGCGCAGGAGCAAACAUGCCGGCUCCUCCAGUGGGCAUGGACCCCUCGCUGGAGAUGAUCCACAGUCGUUUACAAAGAGACCCCCGGGGGAGCCGCUCUGACCCACAGAUGGAUCACCUGCGGCGGGAGAGGGAGUACAGGCUAGGCAGACAGACUUCCAGCGAGCAGGAGAUCCAGGCUCGACUCAACGAGCUGCCGUUGAUUGUUCGGCAGGAGCGCUACCGUCGAAGAAUGGAGAGACAGUCGUCCAGUGAGCAGGAGGCCAGCGGAAAGCAGAGAGUGCAAAAACAUGACUCCAGUGAUGCAGAAUCUGGGAAAGAGCCAUCUGACAAGAAGCCAUCUGGGGAGAAGCGUUCCACUAUGGCUGAGAUUGUUGAGCAAGUGCAGGAGAGAGAAGCUUGCCAUGCGAGAGGAGAGGUUUACAGACCCGCCAGUAGCCUCUCUGCACCAGUCAGUCGUCUAGAUCGUCCUCGAGCACGUGACCGUCCCAAACCACGAAGAAGGCCUCGUCCAAAAGAGCCAGAAGAGCCACGGAGGUCACGCUCUGCACCUGCACAGAGUGUCCCUUCUACACCUCAACCUCCGACUCACACCGUCCACCAUGAGGGCUUCCUGUACAGGAAACACGAAGAGGAGGGGAAAGAGAGAAGCCCAAACAGUAAAUCGUGGGUAAAUCUAUUCUGCGUGCUCAAACAAGGGGAGAUCGGUUUUUACAAGGAUGCACGACACACAACCACACCCUACAAUGACGAGCCUCUUCUUAACCUUGCCAUCUGCGAAUUUGACACCACCAAUGGAUACAAAAAGAAGAAGAAUGUCUUCAUUCUCAGGACCACUGCUGAAGGGGACUACAUCUUCCUGGCUAAAGAUGAGGAGGAUCUGAAAGGUUGGGUCAACAGCAUCAACGCUAGCCUGAAAGAGAUCGAGGACAUUGCCAAGUACGAGAAAGCCACAAACUCCUCCACCGACCCCGACAAAUCAGAGCGCAAGGAGCGUUCUGAAGGGGCGGAGCCAUCAGAGGGGGUGGAGAGAUCAGAGAGGUCAGAGAAGUCUGAGCGUUCAGACCGAUCAGAUAAAAUAGAGGCAUCGGACAAAAGCUCCGAAAGGAGGGACGCAUCUGAGAAGGAGAGAGGAGAUAGAGGUGAACGAGGAGAGAGGGCGGAAAGAGGGGAUCGAGAGAGGGGUGAGCGAGGAGACCGGGGUUCCAGAGGAUCUAGCACUUCGGGAAAAAGCAAAUGACUCAUCUCUCAACACCUUUAUUUACUCAUCCAUCCCUCCAUCUUUCCAGAGAGAAGACAGGACUUGCAUUUCUCUGUCUUUGUCGCUCUGUGUGUCCUGACAGCCUGAUUUCAGGACCGAUGUAAGUGAUUAUGUCCCUUCGAAUGUGUCGAUGUGUGUCUGUGUGCCAAUGUGUUGAACAGAAGAAUCUGUAGAUGAACGUAUCCCAGCAUCAGAGGGCCCCGUUCUGACGCCCUGCUCGACUCUCACAGAAAAGGCACUUUAGAUUAUUGAGGAUGACUAUAGCCCUUAAUAUUUUAGAAGCGUUUUCUUGAAGCAAUAUAUUGUAUGUAGUAAACAAGGCCGCUUGUUUUAGCUGCUCUGCUCUUCCAAGCGAGAGAGAGAAAGAGAGAGAGAGAGAGAGAGAGAGAGAAGAAAAAGUAGUGGACUUUUUAAGAGAGAGAAAUCUAGUGCGGCAGUAGGGACAGUGUUCCUCCUGAUCGACAUUCUUACACAGCCCCACACAUGCAUACGCACACGCACAGUGCAUCAUGGGAAAAUGUUUGGUAUGGAACACCAUUCUCUUACCUGAGGCCGUACACGUCUUCCACCUGCUGCUUGUAGUGAUGGUUUUAAUCAUGCGACGCUUCACACUGUUGAGGUGAGCACGAUUCAGUCCAAACUACACUCGAUGAAGAUUCUCCAUCACAAUACGUCAAUAUAGCGUGGCAGUGUGUGUGUGUGUGAAAACAGCUCCAUCAGAAAGGAGCUCAAAUGUACUACUGUAUGUAUAAUCUCACUGAUGAUCGUAUUUAAUAGGUUAUCGCGAUACCAAUUUAAAGGUUAACUAAAAGGAAGUACGAUCAAACACCCCGUGUACAUGUACAAAUAUGCUGCUUUUUAUCAUCUCUGCCCCCCAACAUCACUCUUUGAUUGUAAAAUGAUUAGUACACAUAAAAUAGGGUGUCUGUGACUUUGUCAUGCUAUAAAGAAAAAAGAUUGUAUAUAUAUAUAUUUGUAUAUAUACUAGUAAACGAGAUUUACUUCUAUGAGCUGCAGCGUCUAAUUACGAAGAAAAAAAACUAUCAUUUUUAUUAACUUAUGAAAAUGUAACAGAUUCAAAUGAGUUGUUAAAGUGCCCCUGGCUGAAUAUAGACGGUAAACAUGUGCGUUGGCCACUUUUUCCGAGAUCUCUUGCAUACGGAAACACAACUUUCAAUGUUUACGGUUUGUUCGGUUUUUUGGUCAGGGCAAAAGAUCCUUUUUACUGGAUCCUUGUAAAAAGAAAUCACCAUUAAAAUGUCUUCAUUUUGAUUUCGUUUAGAUGUUGAGAGAGUUGUCUCUUGACAGCUGUUGCAUUUACUGUGACAAUGAGUUUUCUCAUAAAACUAUAUAGGUGCAAAUUAUAUUUACAAACAAAACAUGAACAGAGAUAUCGGAAUAAACCAUAAAUAAGUCUACAUUUUCUUUUCUUUUUACAUGUUUUGCCCUUCAUUUUUGGAUCUGAUGGUUUUAUGGCUUUACAUUAUGUUGUAAAUGAUUUUGGUGAGGUCAAGCUUUCUGCCUGUUUUCACUGCACAAACUCUCUAUGGCCUCAUUGUCUAUGCAACAGCAAAUAUCAACAUUAUACUCCAGUGAAGACUCUUUCAUAAUACCCAACGCCGUCCACAAACCUCAGCUCAUUUGAUGGAUUUCUGUGAAUACUGAGGGUGCCUUAUGAAUGCAUGUAAUAGGCAGAUGCGGGCACCUCAUCCUUUAGGCAGUAUGUUUUUGAUAUAACACACAUUUCCAGAUGUAAUAUCAUCUUGCAGCAACAAAAAUAACAACUAAAGAAUUAACAAUUGACCCUGCUCUAGUUAAACAUGCAAUAUUGACCCGCAUGUUGCCUGUCGAGCCAGUUGUGUGUUUCAGAAAUGCACACUCCUUGUGAUCACAUAACACACAACGACCCCUCAUGACAACAGAAAACAGUUGCACAUUGAUCAUCGUGUCAGAAACUUCAUAAAUGUUUUGCACUGUGUAUCUGUGUCUGAUAAAUGGGACUGAAUGAAUGUUGCUGUGUAUUAUGUGUCUGUCCAAUCUUUGCUGAAGCAAACUCGCUCCAUUCACCAGCUCCCCCUUCCAAAAUCAUAGCUGAAAAACUGAUCUGGACUCACUUUUGGACUCUUCUACAUUUCCAACAUUUCUUUUAGAGUGACCUUCAGUAUGGUCUGCCUGCAAAAAGCACAAUUUCCCCCAAAACAGCAAUCUGGAGUACUAGAAAAGACACUGGAUGCUGUUCUACACCAUGACGACCCCUGCGUUUCCAAAUGAUGCCACAUGAGGUCAGUGUUGCAAAGGCAUUGAAGUACUAAAAACUAUUUCUUUUCAGAAGGCUUCAUGAUUGCUACACUUCAUGUUUGUCUGUGAUUUGCUACGCCUUGCUUUGUUUCUUUAGCAGUGUCGACCCCUUAUUUCUUCGCUUGACCUCACCAGCAAGUCUUUAUAUUAUUUAUUAACUCAUUAAAGAAUGAAAAAAGCAAGCCCUAAAAUAAACGGAAAGUAUGGGUUGCCCUCGUUUAUUCAAAGUCAGUUGUUUCACACAUGAAAUUAAAGAAAAACACUAUUAAGUUGCAUGAAAGAGAAUAUAGAGGUGAUUUCUAUGCAACAGCUGUGCAUGUUUAUCAAAAGGGUUUCAAUCUUCAGCAAAGCACUGGGUUUGGAUGAUGAUGAUGUUGUUGAUGAUGGAGAUGGAGAAAUGUGUGGAAUGAGCAGAUCACUUGUAUAGCUGAAAUGAGACAUUAAAUCAUUUAUGUACUGAUAUCUGCACUAAUUCAUAAAUACAGGUUGUAUAUAUCA